GUCCGUUUUUACAACCAACCACAAUCUUGUGACUGAAACAAAUGCCGCCAAAGCCAUCCAAGAACGGAAAGCCGGCCGAUCCGCGUCUGGCCGCCACUGUGCGCACCAUCAACGAUCUCAAGCGGUCCAAGCCGUCCUGGGAAGAGCUCGUCAAGCUCUGUUCCAAGUACCACAACGCCCUUGAAGUCGUGACAGAAACCGCCAGGGCGUUCACCGCGGGAAUGAGAGCCGCAGCGUCACACGCUGGCAAAAACUCGAGCCUGGACGUGCAGCGCGAGCUGUAUGCGAUUGCCGACAUCCACGACCGCCUGGAGACGCAUCGCACCAACGUGCGCCAGUCGCUGUCUGAGGGCUUUAUGAUCCCGAUCAAGCGCUACAUUGACGCGGAAAUGUCCACGCUGCAGGCAUGGGAGAAGAACUACAAGGCGCACUUCAAGUACCUCAACAACGAAAUGACCAAGGCCGAGGAGGCCUCCAAGUCGGCAGGCAAGAAGAACGCGGCUGCCCUCCAGCAGGCCAUUCUGGACUUGACUUCCCGCGUCAAGGAGAUUGAGACGGCUCGCCAGAGCAAGCUUCGCGAGCUCUUCCUGGUUGAGCGCGAAAAGUAUUGCGGCCUGCUCCUGCGCUACGUCGAAGUGGUCAAGAGCGAGCUCAAGCUGCACGAGGACGGCUUCCAUUCGCUUGGCAACGGCGUCUCUGGCUGGUGCGAUCUGGCGUCAUCGAAAGACUCGCUGCCCGCCGACAGCGAGUCGCUCAUCACCGCGAAAGAGCGCACGUUUGUUGGUCUCAAGACGGAGGGUGGCAGCCCCGCGCCAGUGCCCUCGCACGGCGGCGGAUACGGCGGUCAUGCUGCUCCCGCGAGCUACGGCGGAGGCGAGGAGUACGGCAACGAACAGUGGGACGAAGAGGAAGUUUGGGACGAGGAAUUGUACGACGACAACUCUGGCUACAACAACCAGCAGCAACAUCAGCCACAACAAUCCUACGGUGGCGGUUACCACAAUGCUGGCAUCCCCGCCCCGCCUGCGCCACCACCGAUGGGUCCCAAGCCCGGUCAGCCAGCUCAGCAGCAGACCUGGAAGGUCCGGGCCCUCUACGACAAUGUUGCUGAUGAUGCACAAGAAUUGAGCUUCCGAGCAGGCGACAUUAUCGAAGUCACAAAGCAAGUCAACGACGAGUGGUGGGCUGGUCUCUGCAACGGCCAGCACGGCAUUUUCCCCAGCAAUUAUUGCGAACAACUAUAAAGAGCACAUUGGCAUGACUGGAGCUGGUUUUUCCAGUCAGAACCGACUGUCCUUUCCUUGUUCGCGUCUUUUUGUGUGCGUGUGUGUUUGCAUGUUUUGUCAGGAUGUUUUUACUGUGUGUGUCUCCGUUUGUUUCAUCUCGUUCUCUCCUGAUGUUUUUGGAUGGUUUUCUACAAUCUUUGCUUUGCUUUGCACAUUUGACAAAAACAAAUACGAUCCCUUCUUCUUGCA